CGCUUCUCAAGCUCAUUUUCGGGGAACGGAGCGUCCGACCGGGUCGGAUUCGUGCCGUUCGACUCGGAGAAGGGACUGCAAUCGAGGGUUACUAAGCUCAGUGUUACAAAUGCAACGUUUCCGGACUGGCAGCGAAGCACUGAGAGAAGGGCCAUGCCGAAGGAUGACGCGUGUUGUCGCCGUCGUCGCGGCGGAGAUGCUCGUCGCCUAUGGGCCAAGGAGAGCAGGACUCGUUAUUCAUAAGCCCCAGUGUGUUAUGGAGUAUUUAAACACAGAUGGAUUGGCGCAGCUGGGGCAGUCAGCGGUUCCUCUCGUCUUCGAUGACGCGAAUUUCAGCCAUGCUCUCUUCUGUACUGCUCUUUGUUCUCGCCGCCAGUGGCGCCCCAACGGUGCAACUCGGCAAAACAGCCGUGUUUGGGCGCAAUAUAUCGACGUUCGGCCAGGAGUUCUUCGGAGGCAUCCCGUACGCCGAACCGCCGCUCGGCGAUCUCCGCUUCCGGCCUCCCGUGCUGACGACCUCCCUGAACGAAACCACGCUCGAUGCCGCGCAAUUCGGGGCGUCGUGCAUCCAGGGCGCAAGCGUCAACCUCCCCGGUAAUCUCCCCAGCGGCUCUCCGGUGUCCGAGGAUUGUUUGACGAUCAAUAUUCUCCGCCCUGCCGGUGUCGAUUCCACCUCAAAACUCCCUGUGAUGUUCUGGACCACAUAUCUUUACAGAUACGGCGGUGGAUUCAUUACCGGUGCCUCCGUGCUUUACAACGGCAGCGCCAUCGUUGAGCAAAGCGUAAUUCGAGGCACUCCUGUCAUCUUCGUCAACUUCAACUACCGCCUCGGACCUUUCGGCUUCCCCCAAGGCCAGGAGGCGGCGGAUCAGGGAGCGCUGAACCUCGGGAUCAAAGACCAGAUCGCUGCGCUCGAGUGGGUGCAGAAAAACAUCGGCAAGUUCGGCGGUGACGAACGCAAAGUCCUCGCGUUUGGAGAAAGCGCGGGAAGCAUCCUCACGUCGAUCUUGUUCUUGAACAAUCGGGUCGAUAAAUUGGCGCGUGCCGCGAUUUUCGAGUCCGGAUCGCAAGCCACAGUGGCGAUUUUUCCCGCGGCGCGCCGGGAGAAUCUCUGGACCAACUUUGUGGGGAGUGUCCCCUCCUGUGCCUCCCUCGCGGGCACCCAUUCGACGUUCUCGUGCCUACGGAACGCCACCACUCAGGAGCUCAGCAGCGGCUUUAACACUGCCUUAGCAGAAUCCGCCGAACCCUUUCCGUGGGACCCAGUUAUCGACGGUCCCCAGGGCUUGAUCCCCGAUCUGCCAUCGCGGCUGCUGGCGCAGGGCAACUUCUCGCGGAUUCCUUUCAUUGCUGGGACCAACCUGGACGAGGGAACUCUGUUUACCUCGCAGUCGCUCAACUCCACUGCCGCGGUCAACGCAUCAUUGAUCCCGGAACGCUUGCCGUCGGUCUCCCCUGCGGUUCUCCAAAGUUCCGUUACAGAACUCCUGGAACUCUACCCGGAUGUUCCUGCCCUUGGAUCACCAUUCGGGACAGGAAACAACACCUUCGGUCUGAGUAGCCAAUUCAAGCGCGCUGCAGCUAUCGAUGGAGAUCUAGAUUUCCACUCCCAGCGGCGACUGUGGAUCGAAGCGGCAGCUAGUGCCGGUGUAAAGACUUUCGGGUAUCUGUUCACCCAGCCACAGCCAGACGGCCUGCCUCAGCUCGGAGUUUCGCACGGAUCCGAGAUCGUCUACGUGUUCGGCGCGCCUGUGGACACGUCGCCCUCAUCGGUGGCCAUAAGCCGCAUCAUGAUCGACUACUGGGUCUCGUUCGCGACGAGUCUGACCCCGAACGACGGGCUCGGCACCCCGCGCGCGGAGUGGACGCCGUUCACGCCGACAUCAAAAUCGCUCAUCCAGCUCAACGGGGCAAAUCUGACGAUGAUCCCUGACACCUAUCGCGAGGAGCAAAUCUCCUUUAUCAACUCGAACCCAGUGAUAUGGCGUCACUGAGCCGUUUAUUGUCGUGUUCAUCUGUAGUCAAGUCAAUCCAUAUAUGUUGCUUUGGUGCUUUAGUGAAGCUCGAGGAACUCAAAGCUGGUUCAAUACAUCGUCGGUUCUAAGUCACGGCGGAUUGGCUGUGCAUCUGUAUGUAUGGUAGAUCUUCUCUUUCUCUAUCUUCUUACUUUUUAGUCCAUUCUUACAUCCACCUGGCC